AUGCGCGCUGUGGCUUUACAGUUCAAAACAAUGGCGGCAGACGGUUUCAGCAUAACAGAGCAGUGGAUCAGAGACAGACUAAACCUACAGCACAUAUGUCUAGCGGAUGUGCGAUCAUUGUCUCUUCCGGGAUCUUAUGAAGGGAAGAUCUGUCAUGUGGGAUCAGCUCUGAAGAACUUUGUGCGUCUGAAAACACUGGAUCUAUCCCAUAAUGCCCUCAUCACUGUGAAGGGGAUUGAGCAUCUGGAGUUGCUUGAGAAUCUAAAUCUGUAUUACAACAGACUGGAGUCUCUACAGGACGUCUUUUCACUUCACAAACUGCAGAAUCUGAGGGAUUUGGAUCUGAGAUUGAAUCCUGUGGUCAGGAGACACCCUCACUAUCGCUUGUACUUCAUUCACACUAUCACAAAACUCCGCAAACUGGAUGAUUGUCCAGUUCGAGAUCGAGAAAGGAAGGCGGCUCUCUUGCAUUUCUCAUCAGAGAAUAAUCUGGACCAAAUUCACAAGAAACAAGUUUUAACACAAGAAGCAAACUGCAGAAGCAGCAGCGAGCUCAGAAUAAAAGCAGUGGAGCGGAUGAUGAAGACCAUCUCGCUUCACGAGGGCAACGAAGAAACUGCUCUCAAUGAAGUUUACAAACAUCAAACUCUCUCCCCUGAAAUCUCACAGGGGCCUCGUGUUCACGCUCAACAAGGCGCUCAAAGAGUGACUUUCACGAGUCAGGUCGCUGAAAGAUGUGAUGCGGUGAAGACUCGCUGUACAGUGAGAGGGGAGAGCGUCUUCACUCCUCACCCGUCCGACACACGCUCUGAUCACCACGAGGAGGAACACGAAAGUCUUAAAAUGCGAAACCAAACAGAAAACAGUCCAAAUCCAGUGUUAAACCCACCCAGAUUAACCUACAGGACACAGCUGCAUCCCCCAGCGGCAUCAGAGAGAAAACCACGCAGGGGAGCGUACAGAAAACCCAUGGAGCUUCUGCUCGGCGUGAUGGAGGAGCACUGGUCCGGGAAGAAGGAGAAUCACCACGAGCAGACGUUCCUCAUGAAUACGGUUCAGAUCCUCACCAUGAUGGAGAAUGACGUUGCAGACGGAGAGCAGGAGAUCCAGACUCUUAAAGAAAUGCUCAAGACUUUAAACUCUGAGGCUGAACUACAGAAGGAACAACGUCGGGAAGAGAUCGAAACAUUGAAACUUCAGCUUCAACAGGCUCAAGAAUCUAUUGAGUCUGUGAAUGGUCAACUGAAGACCCUGCUGGAGGAGAACGUGGCCUUACAGAAACAGCUCAUCAGGAGCGAAGAGAAGCUUCUCACCUCACGACUAAAGAAACGGACGGACGUGAAGGACAGAGGUGAGUCGUGUGAAUCUGAGGACCUCAACAGACGGAGAGCUAAGGAACAUCAGAUCCGGUCACAAGAAAACUACAAGUCUAUGAUUGCCAGAAAUGAAUGUUUGCUUCAACAGCUGGAAGAGGCUCUGAUGUGCUGAAGAUGACGUCUUAUACGUGCUUAAAGAAUGAGAUUUUUAUAUCAAUUAUUAAAAUGUCUUUAAAUAGACAGUGAACAGGGGGUCACAUAGCAUUAAAGCAUCAUUCUCAUCUUUAUUUCCACAUCUGAGCAUUCAACGUUUUACUUGAACUACACACAAAUAUAUUGAUUUUUACGAUUCCUGUCACAGUAUCACGAUUUCACUUCAGGAUUUCUGUGGACAAACAAAUUUUCAAAAAAGAUUUUAUUGCAAUAUCUAUUUAAUGUUUUUAUUUAUUUACAAGCAAUGCUAUCAGUCACAUUCGUUUCUAUUUUUAUUUUGCGUUUUCUCUUUUUUUGGCCAAUAAAUCAAACCGAAAAUAUGUUAAAUAAUUUAAAACAGAUGCUGUAUCAUAUGUGAAGUAUUAACACAAUAUUUAUCAUUAUGGUUUUUAAUAUCAUGGUUAUGGUCAAUAUUGUGAUACCUCUAUUCUCUUUAUCUCUACAUACAGUUCUAUUAAAUUUAUUGAGAGGCGAAUUUGUUUUGUCAAAUACAUUAAAACAACAUAAAUGAGUGAGUAAAAUAAAGAAUAAACAUUAGGCCUGUCAAAUGAUUAAUUGCAUCCAGAAUAAGGUUUGUGUUUACAUAAUGUAUGUCUGUGUGCAUUUUCAUUUGGUAUUUAUAAACAUAUAUGUAUAUAUUUAAGAAGAAUAUUAUUAUUAUUGGUAAAUAUAAUAUGUGUAAAUAUAACCUUAAUAUGUAUAUGUGUGUGUUUAUAAAUAAAAAAUGAUUAUGCACAGUACACAGUCAUAUAUAAUGUAAACACAAAC